CCGCCGCUGGCCGGCUCGCCUGCACGCCAGUACGUGAGCGAGCGGGCUCGUCGUGCUUAAAAGGCGCUCCGUGCUUCGAGGCCACCCGGCAGCUGGGAAGAGUUGACCUUUCCAGGGCAGGGGCAUUUAUAAGACUUCUCGGGCGGACCUGCCAGCGCCUCUGUCCCGGACCACAAUUUGGUCUGUGCGCCUUUUCUGAGUUGGGCUGGAUAGCGGUUCUCGCCACCCAAACCGACCGGCAUGGAGAAGCCAGCUGAGAGCCGGAAUGGCUAUCUGGAGCCGACGGUGCUAACCGGCUUCGAGGCCGGAGACGAAGGAGUAAAGCAGCCUCGGCUGCAGCUCUUCCAGCUGCGGGGCUUCGGGCGGUUCCUGAGGAAAAACUGCAUCGUGAUCCUGACCGUAACCGGCGUGCUCGUUGGGGUGGCCAUGGGCGCCCUGUUGAGGCAAACGCCGCUCACCCGGGCCCAGGUCACCUACCUGGCCUUUCCGGGCGAGAUGCUGCUCCGUAUGUUGAAGAUGAUCAUCCUGCCCUUGGUGAUCUGCAGCCUGGUCUCCGGAGCAGCCAGCCUGGACACUCGAUCACUGGGCAAGCUGGGCGGCAUCGCCAUCGCCUACUUCUUGGUCACCACUUUGAUCGCCUCGGCGCUCGCUGUUGCCUUGGCCUUCAUCAUCAAACCCGGGGUCGGCGCCGGGGAGCUCAAUAGCAAAGACUUGGGCUUGGACAGUGCCAUGCCCACCAAUAAGGAGACGGUGGACUCUUUCCUGGACCUAGCAAGAAAUUUGUUUCCAUCAAAUCUCAUUGUUGCAGCCUUUCGAUCGUAUGCCACUGAUUAUAAAGCCAUAGUUAGAAAUGCAACCAUUGGAAAUGUUACUAUUGAAAAGUACAUCACAGAUUAUAAUGCAAUAAUAAAUGCCUCUCUUGGGAAUGCCACUAUUGAAAAGUUCCCUGUUGGCACUGAACUUGAAGGAAUGAACAUUCUGGGGCUUGUCCUCUUCGCUUUGAUUUUGGGAGUAGCUUUGAAAAAACUUGGACCUGAAGGAGAAGAACUCAUUCGUUUCUUUAAUUCAUUCAAUGAGGCAACCAUGGUCUUAGUAUCUUGGAUUAUGUGGUAUGUACCACUCGGCAUUACAUUUCUAGUUGGGAGCAAGAUUGUGGAAAUGGAUAAUAUUAUCUUGCUGGUGACAAGCCUUGGAAAAUACAUCUUUGCAUCAAUUCUUGGCCAUAUUAUUCAUGGAGGGAUUAUUUUACCACUUAUUUAUUUUGCAGUUACACGCAAAAACCCUUUUACUUUUCUGCUAGGACUUAUAACUCCAUUUACCACAGCAUUUGCUACUUGUUCCAGCUCUGCAACUCUUCCAUCAAUGAUCAAAUGCAUUGAAGAUAACAACAAAGUAGACAAAAGAAUUAGCAGAUUUAUUCUACCUAUUGGGGCUACUGUGAAUAUGGACGGAGCUGCUAUUUUCCAAUGUAUAGCUGCUGUCUUUAUUGCUCAACUGAACAGUGUCGACCUCAAUAUUGGACAGAUCUUCACCAUUCUGGUUACUGCCACUGCUUCCAGUGUGGGAGCGGCUGGAAUUCCAGCUGGAGGCGUUCUAACCAUAGCUAUUAUCUUGGAGGCUAUUGGGCUUCCCACAAAUGAUAUCUCCCUCAUACUGGCUGUGGACUGGAUUGUGGACCGGACCACAACAGUUGUGAAUGUGGAAGGUGAUGCCUUUGGAGCAGGUAUCCUUGAUUAUCUGAAUCCAAAAGAAACAAAGGAGAAAGAUACAGAACUCAGUGAUGUCCAUGUGGAAGCCAUUCCAAACAGCAAGGCUGAUGGGGAAACAUCACCUCUGGUAACACACAAGGACGAAGCUGUCACCACUCCACCAUCUUGCACUAAAGAUCCAACAUCUAAUGACUCAGUCCUAUGAAUAUAAAAGGGUGGGAGGUCACCUUAUGGGCACUGUCAUUUAGAAAGUACUUCUUGUAUAGAGUCUGUAUGGCCACGUGACGUUGAACAGACCUGUCCUCUUCCAUUCUGGUGGCAUGGAACACAGUUGUAGCCAGCCACAGAAUGCAAAAUAUGUGCAAGCUUGUGUGUGUGUGUGUGUGUGUGUAUUUGUGUGUGUGAUAAGAAUGAAAACUUUUGUUGUAUAAAGUGCUGCUUCUUGCUUAUGUGUAUAUGAGUAAAAUAUACAACACAGAUGUAGUGAUUUGAAUGAUAGCCAUCCCAGAAAGUUUCUUCUUCUCAUGAAAUGAAAUUAGAAGCCCACUUCAUAGGAUAGACUGUGAAAUUUAGGAGAUACUGAGAUUAUCUUGUUAACCUAAGUUAUACAGGAAAAGAAAUGAAAUUUCUUCUAAUUUUACUGCAUCAAGCCUGCAUUACUGUGUUUGUAAAGAUAGUCUCUCCUUAAGGGAUCGGUUUAUUUUGGUUUAAAGCCACAGUUUGUGGGACCUAACCAAACUAUCGCUGUUUGUCCUAAUUUGAGAAAUCAGAGAAGCCAACCUUUUUGGAGGAGAAUAGAAUUGAACUAAUAUGUACCAGAUAUGCACGGCUCAUGGUCAUCAGUCCUAGUUAUCCUAAAAAGGACCAUUUUAAUUUAUUGCUCUCUUCCCAAACCAAGUAAAGCACCUGUGGUUUGAACCUUACUGGACCAAAAAAGAAAGCAAGAUGUUGAACCAUUGCCUUUCUCUGCAAAAAUUAGGCGGCAACCUCCAUUGUUGUUUUUCACACAGGAUGCUUAAACUUCUUUUGAGACACUGUCAGCAAUUUGUGUUAAUGCUUGAUUGUUGUUCUUGCAAAGAAAUGUGAAUGAGUGGCCAGGGUGAAUAAGCACUACUCCUGCUACAAAGCAGGAACUGAUUUAAGUUUCUGAAGUCUGAUGUCAUGUCUGCUGCUGGUGCUGCAAGAAAAUAACUCCGUUCCGGAACAGCAUGUAGUGUGGCUUAUGGCUAUUGAUGGAUGUGUUUUGUGCUUAGAACUGUCCCAAAUUGGGACCCUCCAUUGGCAAUGGAGGGCUGCCUGGAAUGUUCAGAUUUGUAGCCCCAACACACCAAGUGGACAUUCAAUUUAGAAUGAUGCUUUAGAAAAUCCAUAAUUGGACCUAAAAACAACUUGUAUAUAAAAAGACCAGGCUGCAUCUGGUAUGGUAGUAUAUUGUCUAUUUCCCCAAGACCAAUAAGUGUAUGAAAUGUGUUUCUAUCAGUUCCUGAACAGAUUAUCUCCAUGUUUGUUUAAUACCUGGUAACAUAAUGACCAAUACAAUCUAUUCUCAUGAAUAACAAAUAAAGUCAUACUGCAAAUGUGGGUAGAAAACAUAUGCAGAGCAUUCAGUUUUAAGUCUCGGAAGGUCUACAUCAAGGACAUUUAAACUGGUGCUUAAAUGAGGUUUGGCAAUAAUCAUGAAGCUUCCUUUGUUGCUUUUUCCCUCACUUCGCCGUUGCUUUCAAGCAGAUACGUGUUGACAAGUAAUCACAGUAUUUUGGCUUUUAACUCUCCUAGCAUAAGAGAUGCUAUUCAGACAUUUUUCUAGCUUUCUGUAAUUCAAUACCAUUAUUUUCAAUUUGUUUGAAGCACUUACCUGCCCCUUGCCCCAGUACAGUAUAGUUCUCCAAGAGGAUACAACUAGCUAACUUUUCCCCUACAAAAUUAAUGUUAAAGCCCUGGGGCGGGAAACAACAACACAUGCCCAGUCUGAUAGACAGAUAGAAAGAAAGAAAUACACAUUCUGACUGGCUAAGCUUUAGAAUGCAUUAAGCAGUAUCUCAUUGAUUUUGGAGGAACGGAUCAAAAACAGUUGCCUGAAUACUGAAUCAGCAGAAUUAUAACCCUAUCUAACCAGGACUUCUGGGGUGUGCUCUGUUCUUCAGCACUUGCAUAUAGCCCUAGAUAUGCCAUUUAGGAUUGGAAAUGCUGGACCAGUGUUUCUCAACCGUAGCAGUUUGAAGAU